AGCAACUUCAGGCAAAAUAAAUGCUAAACUACAUUUAACGUUACAAUGAAAAUAUAUUUAAAUUUAGAAAAAACAUGUGUAAACGUUAAGAUUAUUUUCUUUUAAUCUUAUUAAUUAAAAUAAAAUAAAGGAAAUAAUAUUUUCUGUAAUUUGUGGUAAUAUAUGAAUAUAGUAAAAAGAAUGUAGUUAAAAAGUUAACGGUGAUACAAUGUUUAUUAAUUAAAAUUGUUCAUACAGCAGUAUUAUAAUAGUGCAAUUAGGAACAAUCCAAAAAUAAUAUAUUUGGUGUUAUAUUAUAAAUGGCCCUAUUAUUCACAAGCAUGUGGGAUUCAACAAUGUUUUUGAGCACCUUAACCCCAAAAUUUUAUGUUGCACUCACUGGAACGUCAUCCUUAAUUUCUGGAUUAAUUCUAAUUUUUGAAUGGUGGUAUUUUAGAAAAUAUGGUACAUCUUUUAUUGAACAAGUAUCUUUAAAUCAUAUUUCACCAUGGAUUGGUGGAGGUGACAGUGGAUCAGAUGGAAAUAAUUCAAGUUUAAAUGGUUCAAAUUCAAAUCAACAAAAUGUUCCAGAAUGUAAAGUUUGGCGGAAUCCAAUAAAUUUAUUUAGAGGGGCAGAAUAUCAAAGAUUUUAUUGGGCUACAAAUAAAGAGCCAUUAACAUAUUAUGAUAUGAACUUAUCUGCUCAAGAUCACCAAACAUUUUUUACCUGUGAAGGUGACACAGGUAAAGCUGAAUAUGAAAUCAUGCAAACUGCAUGGAGAGAACGUAAUCCAGUAGUUCGAAUAAAAGCUGCACAUAGUGCUCUUGAACGUAAUCCUGAUUGUGCACCUGCAUAUAUUUUACUUGCCGAAGAAGAAGCUACCACUAUUGUAGAAGCAGAAAAAAUUUUAAAACAAGCCUUAAAAGUAGCAGAAAAUAAUUAUAGAAAAUCUCAAAGUACUCAACAUCAAGGAGCCAUUGCAGAGGCAAUACAUAGAAGAGAUACAAAUGUAUUAAUAUAUGUUAAACGAAGAUUAGCUAUGUGUGCAAGAAAAUUGGGAAAAUUAAAAGAAGCAGUAAAAAUGUUUAGAGAUUUGACAAAGGAAGUUCCACCAAUUAUGAAUGUGCUAAACAUUCAUGAAAAUUUAAUUGAAGCUUUAUUAGAAAUGCAAGCAUAUGCAGAUGUUCAAGCAGUAUUAGCAAAAUAUGAUGAUAUUAGUUUACCAAAAUCUGCAACUAUUUGUUAUACAGCUGCAUUAUUAAAAGCGCGAGUAGUUGCUGAUAAAUUUUCAACAGAUAUUGCUAGCAAAAGAGGUUUAACUACUCCAGAAAUGAUUGCAGUUGAAGCUAUUCAUAGGGCAGUUGAAUUUAAUCCUCAUGUACCUAAAUAUUUAUUAGAAAUGAAACCAUUAAUUUUACCCCCAGAACAUGUAUUAAAAAGAGGAGAUUCAGAAGCAAUUGCAUAUGCAUUUUUUCAUCUUGCUCAUUGGAAGCAAAUGGAGGGUGCUCUUAAUUUAUUACAUUGUACAUGGGAAGGUACUUUUAGAAUGUUGCCUUAUCCUUUAGAACGAGGACAUUUGUUUUAUCCAUAUCCAACUUGCACAGAAUGUGCAGAUCGUGAAUUGCUACCAUCAUUUCACGAUGUUAGUGUUUACCCUAAAAAGGAGUUACCGUUUUUUAUUUUGUUUACAGCGGGUUUAUGCUCCUUUACAGCACUCUUAGCUCUCUUAACGCAUCAAUAUCCUGAUACUAUGGGUGUAGUUGCACGAUCGAUGCUUGCCUGGUUUUCUCAUCCAUUUUAUUACAUUUUAGACAAAUUAGAAGCAAUUUUACCUUCUAAUUUAUUACAACAGCUUUCUAGAAUAUAAAACAAUCUAAAAUCUCUGAUUAUUAGACUGCAAAUGUUUAUAUAAACGUAUAUCUUUAUAAGAAAUAAAUAGAAUAAUAGGAUAACAAAUAGAAUAAACAAAAAUUUGUUGUUUUAUUAGAGGAUUUAAAAAAUAUAUUUAUUUUGCAUUUUA